AUGGCUGCUCAGCCCACCCGGCAGUGGGGUGUUACACCUCCAAUCUCUACCGUUCUUCCUACUAAAGAUGAAUUGGUCGCCAAUGACGAUCUUAUUGCGGAGUUGAAAGCACAAGACAACUUUGAACCGCCCAGCGAGACAGAGCGCAGACAACAAAUGCUUCAGCUACUACAGCGUGUCGCCUUGGAGUUUGUCAAGGUUGUCAGUCGCAAGAAGGGGUUGUCGCCUGCUGCAGUUGAGGCCGCUGGUGGAAAGAUCUUCGCAUAUGGAAGCUACCGUCUUGGUGUUUACGGCCCAGGAUCGGAUAUCGAUACCCUCGUUGUUGGCCCGCAGCAUGUUCUCACCGACGAUUUUUUUACCGACUUCCCUCCUAUCCUCGAAAGAAUGGCACCAGAAGGCACGAUUGAAAAAAUGACCCCUGUUCCGGAUGCGUUCGUACCUAUCAUUAAAUUAGAACUGGCUGGAAUCAGUAUCGAUCUGAUCUUCGCUCGACUCAUUGUGCCUUCCGUCCCGAUGAACCUUGACUUGAAGAAUAAUGACUAUCUACGUGGACUGGAUGAGAAAGAAGUACGCUCACUAAAUGGAACCCGUGUUACGGAUGAGAUUUUGGAGCUUGUGCCGCAGCAGAAGACCUUUCGUCUAGCAUUACGCGCAAUUAAGCUAUGGGCCCAACGUCGCGCAAUCUACGCAAACAUUGUAGGGUUCCCUGGGGGUGUUGCGUGGGCUAUGCUUGUAGCGAGAGUUUGUCAGUUGUACCCUCAAGCGACCGGUUCAGUCAUUGUGGGCAAGUUCUUUCGCAUUAUGAACAAAUGGGCAUGGCCCCAGCCUGUGCUGCUUAAGGCAAUUGAGGACGGACCUCUACCUAUGAAAGUUUGGAAUCCAAAGAUUUACCACGGCGACCGUUUUCACCUAAUGCCGAUCAUUACCCCUGCCUACCCUUCCAUGUGCGCAACCCACAACAUCUCGAUGUCAACUAAAACUGUUCUUCUCCGUGAACUUCAACGAGGAGGUGACAUGGUGGAUAGGAUUUUCCUGAAACAGCUUUCCUGGAACGAUCUUUUCACUCGCCACUCCUUUUUCACCAAUGCCUACAAGUAUUAUCUCAGCAUCACGGCCUCGAGUAGGACAAAGGAGGCGGAAGGCAUUUGGUCUGGUUUGGUCGAAUCAAAGCUUCGUCAUCUUGUCGGAGCUCUAGACCGGAAAUCCGUCAUUGCCGUGGCUCAUCCUUUCCCGAAGGGGUUUGAGCGAGUCCAUGUGACUAAGAACGAGAAUGAGAUUGAGGAAGUCAAGCUCGGGUCCACCAAGUAUCAAGCUAAAGGAACCACAACGGAGACGACCGAUGAGACGAACGAUGCUGCUCAUCAAGCCGCUGCCCAGAGUGGAGCGGAGCAUGUGCCGGUUCCUGAGCCCUCCGAAACUCCGGUUACAACCGAUAGCAGUCCGACCAUGUACACUACGACCUACUACAUUGGACUCGAAUUGAACCAAUUAGAACAAGGUGCUCCACGAUCUUUGGACAUAUCGACCGACUCGCAGAUAUUCAAAUCUACGUGCACAUCAUGGCCAGGUUACCAACAUGAGGUAAUGGAUCUAGCUGUCACUCAUGUUCGCAGUUUCGAUUUGCCAGAAGAUCUAUUUCAACCUGGAGAAACCCGCCCAAUCAAAAAAUCAAAGAAAGUCCCAAAGAAGAAUAUCGAGCAAAGCAAAAAGCGACGGAUCGAUGAGUUGGAGGUCCCGGCACAAGGUACCGCCAAACGUCAGGUGACACCGAAUACCAUUGCAAGUGGCCUCAAUCCCGCGUGA